AUGUACACCCAUAACCAGGCCCGCGCCUCGCGCGCAGGCGCGCUUCCGCCCCGUCCGGCAUCGCCUCUUUCCAACAACGCAGUUCGAUUUGCAGUACACAACACUCAAGACCCGCCAAAACGAGCAGCACGCGUCCCUGGAGGUGAAGAUCCCUCGCCCCGGCCGAAGGGCCGCCGCCAGCCCGGCGGGCGGUGUGGUCACGUGACCCUUCUCCACAGCCGCGCGGGCGCCGUGCCCGCUGAGAAAUCAGUGCCGGGCCUACUCCGCUUCUUCCCCAGCACUGGGACCUGUGCCACACCCAACGGCACGAGCACCCCGCGCAAGCAGCAGCAAGCAAACCCGUGCACCUCGCCCACCCCCCGCUCCGAACCGCUGAUGAAGCCGCAGCACACGGCCAGCUCCGCCGCCACAGAGCCUGUCAAUGUCAAGGACCCGAUCCGGCUCGCGUUCCUCGGCGGGCCCCGCACGGGCAAGACCGCCACGAUCCUGAAGCUCUCGUGCGGCACGUACCGCGACACGUACUACCCGCUGCGCAAAACCACGCCCGUGUUGUUCACGUACCAGGCGCAGAGCGCCGCGCUGCGGCUCAUUCUAGACCAGCACAGCUCCAGGCGCUUCCUCGAGCACGCGCUGGCCCGCGGCGACUUGCUCUUGAGCCCCGUGGUGUCCGACGCGUUGGUGCGCGCCGCCGUGAAGAAAACGCCGCUGCCCGGCCCGGCCGGGGACGCGCCGCACGGCUCCCAGAACGAGGUCUACGCCGCCGUGUGGGGCGACGGCGACUCGGACGUGGCGCGGAUCUCGCCCAUCUUGGCCGAGCUCAUCGACACGCCGGCCUUCAACAGCAGCCAGUUCAUCCCGUUCUUGGAGGCGUCGUUGCACGCGCGCCUCGGCAAGAACGUGUUGCGCAAGUUGGCCGACACGCCGCGCCAGCCCGUGAACACCGAGCCGUUGUUGGUCGCCAGCGGCGCCGGCGAGAUGAACGGCGCCAUCGACGGCUACUUUCUCUUCUACAGCGCCGUGCCGUCCGCGGAGCCGCCGCAGUACGACGAGCUGGUGGCCGGGCAGCAGGCCCCGGGUCUGGGCAGCAGCGCCGCAGGCUCCGCACAGGACACCACGCUCAGCCUUCUCCCGGUCAUCAAGGCCGGGCUCGAGGAGGCCUGGCGCGAGUACCACACCUACCGCACGCGGUGGGACCAGGAGAAGGAGAAGGACAUGUUCUCGCUCAAGACGGCGCUCCGCACCAUGUUCGACGCGCACGGCUCGCUCCAGCCCGGCCUGCUGCACCACAAGUUGCUCGCCACGUCUUUGGACCCGGCCGACCCGCUGUGCCCGCCGCCCAUCUGGAUCGUGUGCACCCACAAGAACCUGCCCCUCGCGUCGCCCACGCUCAUCCACGACGGCAAGAAGCUAGCGCUGCUCUGGCGCUGCGGCUUCUAUGCCAUGGACGUCACGGAGAACCUCGACCAGGUCUUGGCGUUGGUGAUUCGCGAGGUCGUGGAGCGCAAGAGCCUCCAGAGGGCGAGGAGAAAACGCUGA